UUAUGGGAGUCAGUAGAAAUUCUAAGCCCAAGUGGAUAGGAAGUCCAGAAAAAAAUCUUGUCACAAGAAGAAGUAUCAAGAGACAACGUAAUUCAAGAUGAAGGCAUUUUUCGUUAUUUCCUGUGUCCUCGUGGCGACUGUCAUGGCUGACAUUUCGGAAAAAGUCAUUCCGAUCCUGAGCCAGGAACAGGAUAUCAGUCCUGAUGGAUCAUUCAGUACCAAGUGGGUCUCGGGCAAUGGAAUUUCCGUACAAGAGCAAGGUGCUCUGAAGAAUCCUGGAACAAAGGACGAAGCUCAGGUCAUCAAGGGUGCCGCCAGCUGGACAGAUCCCAAUGGUGUCCCCGUUCAGCUCAGUUGGAACGCCGACGAGAAUGGCGCCGUCUUCCAGGGUAGUCAUAUUCCGGUUGCCCCGGAAAUUCCUGUUCUAAUCCAAAGAGCUCUGGCAUGGAACGCCGCUCAUCCUUCCAAGGAAGACAAUUAAAUUUUACUUGACCAUCACGAUUGACGAAAUUAUCCGAAUUGGUUUUUUUUUCAUUUUUUUUAAAUCCCUUUAUAUGAAUAUACUGUCAAAUAAUAAAUCACAAACUGCCUACAUUUAA